UUCUUCCAAAUCCCAAUUUUUCCACCUUCAUUCCCUUCCUUAAUCCUUAUCCAUCAACAUGGUCAUGCUUAGGGUCUUUUUUCUCCUUUCUCUUCUCCCACAUGCUUCGAAACAACACAGUUAACUUCUUAUUCCUUCCUUCUUCCUCAAGCUCCAUUCUCAAGUGUUCUCUUUCUUUUCCAUUUCCGUUCGAAUCUGUUUCAAAGGGGAAAGCUCAAAGCCUCACACAUCACACAACCUUCAAAUUUUAAAACCACAGUUUUUAUCUUUCUCUCUCUUUUUCCUUUUUCCGGUUUCUUCUCUCUUUCAUUUUUUUUUUUAUAUAUAUAUAUUUCAACCGAGCUUCUAAGAAAAUAAUAAAAAUCCGUAACAAGUGGGGUUUUUCUCUUUCACAAGCUGCUGUUGUACAAGAAGAGAAGAGAGAGAAGGAAACAAAGAGCGGGGGUUGGGGUUGUUUCAAUCUUAGCUGGUAAAGAACGAGAGUUUCCUGUUCACAAUUUGGCACCAUUCACUUCAAUUUUCACGAAAGGGAGUUUCUUUUUCUCUGGGGUGGUUUCACAGUAGAACUUGAGGAACCAAAAACGGUGGUUGCACAAAAAUACGCACUUUUUUUUUUUUUUUUUUUUUUUCUGUCUCUAUUCUAUUCUACAAACCCCAUUUCCCAUUUAACGUUGAGAGUUACUCAUUUCCCAUCUAGGCUUCUAUAUCAAAGCUCUCCCAAAAUUUCCUAUGCCAAGGAACGGCCUUUACUAAGAGCAAAGCAACAACCUUCUUCUUCUUCUUCUUCUGCUAGUUUUCUUCCUUGGUCGUGAUUCAGAGUUUGUGUUUGUUGUGGGAAGCAUGGCCAUGGCUUUGGCUCAACAUAGAGAAAGCAGCAGCAGUGGUAGCAUUGAUAAGCACCUUGAUGCUUCUGGGAAAUAUGUGAGGUACACUGCUGAACAGGUUGAGGCUUUGGAACGUGUUUAUGCUGAGUGCCCCAAGCCUAGUUCCCUGAGAAGGCAACAAUUGAUCCGAGAGUGCCCCAUUCUUUCCAACAUCGAGCCCAAGCAGAUCAAGGUUUGGUUCCAGAAUCGCAGGUGUAGAGAGAAGCAGAGAAAAGAGGCUUCACGACUUCAAACUGUGAACCGUAAACUGUCAGCAAUGAACAAGUUGUUGAUGGAGGAGAAUGAUCGGUUGCAGAAACAGGUGUCACAGCUUGUGUGCGAGAAUGGGUAUAUGCGGCAGCAAUUGCAUACUGUGAGUACAUCAGCAGCAACUACUGAUGCUAGUUGUGAUUCGGUGGUUACUACUCCUCAGCAUUCCAUGAGAGAUGCUAAUAACCCUGCUGGACUCCUAUCAAUUGCAGAGGAGACCUUGGCAGAGUUCCUUUCAAAGGCUACGGGAACUGCUGUCGAUUGGGUCCAGAUGCCUGGGAUGAAGCCUGGUCCGGAUUCGGUUGGGAUCUUUGCCAUUUCCCAAACUUGCAAUGGAGUGGCAGCUCGAGCCUGUGGUCUUGUUGGUUUAGAACCUACAAAGAUUGCAGAGAUCCUCAAAGAUCGUCCAUCUUGGUUUCGGGACUGUCGGAACCUAGAAGUUUUCACAAUGUUUCCUGCCGGAAAUGGUGGGACCAUUGAACUUGUUUACACACAGACAUAUGCUCCAACAACACUGGCUCCUGCCCGGGAUUUCUGGACUCUGAGAUACACUACAAGUUUGGACAAUGGCAGUCUUGUGGUUUGUGAGAGGUCCCUGUCUGGUUCUGGGACGGGCCCUGAUCCAGCUGCUGCUGCUCAGUUUGUUAGGGCUGAGACGCUCCCUAGUGGCUACUUGAUUCGCCCAUGUGAGGGUGGAGGGUCAAUCAUCCACAUCGUAGACCACCUAAAUCUUGAGGCAUGGAGUGUGCCAGAAGUGCUGCGACCACUUUAUGAAUCAUCAAAGAUGAUUGCUCAGAAAAUGACAAUUGCUGCUCUUCGCUAUAUCAGGCAAAUAGCUCAGGAAACAAGUGGUGAAGUGGUAUAUGGAUUGGGUAGGCAGCCUGCUGUUCUGCGAACUUUCAGCCAAAGAUUGAGCAGAGGCUUCAAUGAUGCCGUAAAUGGAUUCAACGACGACGGGUGGACUGUACUGAACUGUGAUGGCGCCGAGGAUGUAAUUAUUGCAGUUAGUUCAACCAAGAAUUUGAGUGGCACUUCUAAUCCAGCAAGUUCCCUUACUUUCCUUGGAGGAAUUCUCUGUGCCAAAGCUUCUAUGUUGCUCCAAAAUGUCCCCCCUGCAGUUUUGGUUCGCUUUCUGAGGGAGCACCGGUCAGAGUGGGCUGAUUUCAAUGUUGAUGCUUAUUCUGCUGCAUCACUGAAAGCUGGCACCUAUGCCUAUCCAGGGAUGAGGCCUACAAGAUUCACUGGCAGUCAAAUAAUUAUGCCUCUCGGCCAUACAAUUGAACAUGAAGAAAUGCUUGAAGUUAUUCGGCUUGAAGGCCACUCUCUUGCUCAAGAAGACGCAUUUGUUUCUAGGGACAUUCAUCUCUUACAGAUAUGUAGUGGAAUUGAUGAGAAUGCUGUGGGGGCUUGUUCUGAACUCAUAUUUGCUCCAAUUGAUGAAAUGUUCCCUGAUGAUGCUCCAUUGGUGCCUUCUGGUUUCCGCAUCAUUCCAUUGGAUUCAAAACCAGGUGAUAAAAAGGAUGCAAUGACUACAAAUCGAACACUGGAUUUGACAUCUGGUCUUGAAGUGGGUCCAGCGACAACUAGCGGUGCAGAUGCAUCAUCUAGUCACAACACGCGAUCCGUGUUGACAAUUGCCUUCCAGUUUCCUUUUGACAGCAGUUUGCAAGAUAAUGUUGCAAUCAUGGCGCGUCAAUAUGUCAGGACUGUGAUUUCCUCUGUGCAAAGGGUUGCCAUGGCUAUAUCUCCAUCCGGUAUAAACCCAGCUGUUGGAGCAAAACUUUCUCCAGGUUCUCCAGAAGCUGCUACACUAGCUCACUGGAUCUGCCAAAGUUAUAGUUACUAUUUAGGGACAGACUUAUUGAGAUCAGAUUCUCUUGUUGGUGACUUGAUGCUGAAACAUCUGUGGCAUCAUCAGGAUGCCAUUCUAUGCUGUUCACUGAAGUCUCUACCAGUGUUCAUCUUUGCAAAUCAAGCUGGCCUAGACAUGUUGGAAACAACUCUAGUGGCUUUACAAGACAUCACAUUGGAUAAAAUAUUUGAUGAGUCCGGACGCAAGGCAUUGGUUGCAGACUUUGCCAAGUUAAUGCAACAGGGUUUUGCUUAUCUGCCAGCUGGGAUCUGCAUGUCCACGAUGGGGAGGCAUGUUUCAUAUGAGCAAGCCAUUGCAUGGAAAGUGCUUACCACAGAAGAUAACACUGUUCACUGCGUAGCUUUCUCUUUCAUAAAUUGGUCUUUUGUAUGAAAAUCCAUUUCCUGUGCCCUGCCUUUUCCCACUUGAAUAUUAAAAAAAAAAAUAUGAAGGGGUAGAAGGAUACGUUAAAUUUGGAGGGGAAAAAGAAAUCCGAAAUUUUUGUUCACCUAUUAUAACACAAGAUCAGGUUUGCAUUUAAUUCGAUUUAAUUUAUUUCUUAUUUAGUGCAGAGACCAAAUUGAGUUUUAUCUUGUACAUUUGUUAGUGCUAGCUAGAG